UUUUAAACCCAUUGCUGCGUUAAGAAUCUUUGUUGCAAAAUAUGUAAGGCUUCGGCGGCGUUUUAUCCGAGCCGCCGAUGUAAUUUGAUUCGGCAAUAUCUCACAAUCGAGUAUCACAUAUUAAAAGUGUUAUGAGCCCUGUGCGAGUAGCUUUGUACAUUCACCUUUAAGUACGACAAGAGCCCAUUUCAAUUAUUCCCUGCCAUCUGGGGUGUAAUUACACGACAGGGGAGUGUAAUUAAAUCAGCGCGAGCCUAUCAGCACGCGGCAGCCUCUCCUUGAUUAACCGGCCAGAACCGAUAGAGUGCCCGGCUGUUCACUUGGCAGUUCUCACAUUAUUGCUUACGGCUCGCGCAGCCAGAGGAUGCGUUGCCUAACUUAACUACAAAAAAUGGUGUUUUAAAGGGAACUCGUAAGGAGAGAUCAAUAUGGGACAGUGGUGGGACUGUGUGUUGGUACUUGUGUUAUUAUUAAAGGUUCACGCCGAGUUGAGCUGCACUAGCAAUGAGAUUGAGUACGAAGGGGUCCGGUGCUGUUCUAAGUGCCCCCCAGGAAGAGGAGUCGCCGCACUCUGUUCUCCUGAUAACGACACCGUAUGCAGACCGUGCGAUGUCGGAGUGACGUUUUCUUCAUUACAUAGCCACACGGAAGCAUGCAGGCCGUGCUCCACAUGUGGCGUCAAUGCUCAUGUCUUAAAAAAGUGCAAUGGGACACACGACACCCAGUGUGAAUGUGACAGUGGUUUUCAUUAUAACUUGUCCGAGAAACGGUGUGAGGAGUGUAACAGGUGUCACCCCGGGUGGGGCGCCUCUCUAGCUUGUAACCACCAUUAUAACACGGUGUGCAGACCGUGCCCUAAUGGGACAUACUCUGAAUAUGUGAGUGCCCACCUCGGGUGUAUAGUGUGCACCAAGUGUUCUGAUGAUCACAUCAAACUUCAGGACUGCACGCCGUACCAGGACACAUUAUGUAUGGCCAAGUCCUUGUUGGGGUCUUCCAAGGUCGCCAGUAAAACGGCACCAGUGAGUCCGCCAGUUAACUACAACCCUGGUUACGACAUCAUUCCUCUGUAUUGCGCGGUCCUAGGCUUGCUGGUGAUAGGUCUGUUGGCGUACGUGGUGGUGAAACAGUGGCAGAGGAACGCGGCUCAUCGCGCCAAUAAGCUCAAUACUACGGGGGUGACGCCGUCGUCCAUACGGGUUGACCCCACGUGCCAAAUCCAAGUGCCACCGAGCUCACACGGGUCAGAUAGCGGGGUCUUCCUGGACAGCGAUGGAAAGCCAGUUACCAGCACGAUGAAAGUCCGUGAUCUACCGCCAAACAAAAAGAAAGAAAUUGAAGUUCGUCUUCAUCACAAACGUGGCGGACGAGGCGACUGGACGGGUUUAGCUAGAGAAUUAGGUUAUACAAAGUCCCGUAUCACAAGCUUAGAAUCUCAUGCAUGCCGUGAGAACCACGUGCCAGCACGCUACCUGCUGUUGGAAUGGAGCAAAAACGAUAGCGCCACGGUGGGGAUGCUGGUGCGUGCGCUCAAAAGUAUAGGAAGACAUGACGUUGUUAAAGUAUUGAAUGGACGCUCAAGGAAACUGUUUAGAGCACAGCCGGCAGAAAUAGUGUAGUUGAGAGGCCUUCGGAACGUUGCCUUGUCAAACCAUUUCAGACGAACCUCUAUUAUGUACCAGCGUGUAUCUACAAAAACAAGGUGUAAACACGUAUGAGCGAUAAACUAGGGAGCUUAGUACUCGCUAAAAUACUACGAGACUCAUUAGCAAAAAAGAGAAGUCGCAUCUUCAUAUUUUUGGCUUAGCAACAGCAAGUCAUUUGUCAAUUAGAAGAGUAAGUACGGUGCUCAGUUUUCUGGAUUGUCUCUGGAUGGUAUAGAAUACCAAAACUCCUUCUACAGGAUCUGUUUACAAAACAGU